CUCCGCCGUCCCGCGCAGCAGCGCCCGCCGGCCAUGGGACGCGCCGCUGCCUGAGGCCGGGGCCUGGCCGGUGGCCGUGGAUCCUGGAGCUGCGCCCCCGCAGAUCCCCGAUCCCGCCCCUCACCCGAACCCCGUGGGCUGAGCGCGGGGCUCCGCGCGGGGGGGGACACGCGAUCGCACCGCGAGCGGCGAGCGGGAGGCCCGCCGGAGCCCCGGAGAUGUCCUGCGUGCGCCGCCGCCUCCUGCUCGGAUACCUGUUCCCGGCCCUCCUGCUGCACGGGCUGGGAGAGGGUUCUGCCCUCCUUCAUCCAGACAGCAGAUCUCAUCCGAGGUCCUUGGAGAAAAGUGCCUGGAGGGCUUUCAAGGAGUCGCAGUGCCAUCACAUGCUGAAGCAUCUCCACAAUGGCGCACGCAUCACUGUGCAGAUGCCCCCAACGAUCGAGGGCCACUGGGUGUCCACGGGCUGUGAAGUGAGGUCGGGGCCAGAGUUCAUCACCCGAUCUUAUAGAUUCUACCACAACAACACCUUCAAGGCCUACCAGUUUUACUAUGGGAGCAACCGCUGCACGAACCCCACGUACACGCUCAUCGUGCGUGGCAAGAUCCGCCUUCGCCAGGCAUCCUGGAUCAUCCGGGGAGGCACUGAGGCCGACUACCAGCUGCACGGCGUCCAGGUCAUCUGCCACACUGAGGCGGUCGCCGAGCAGCUCGGCAAGCUGGUGAACCGCACGUGUCCGGGCUUCGUGGCCUCAGGUAGUCCUUGGGUGCAAGACGCGGCCUAUGACCUGUGGCGGGAGGACAGCGGCCCCGAGUGCACCGGGGCUGUGAACUUCGCCAUGCACGAGCUGCAGCUCAUCCGCGUGGAGACGCAGCACCCCCACCACAGCCUGGACCACCUGGUGGAGGAGCUCUUCCUGGGUGACAUCCACACGGACGCCACGCAGAGGGUGUUCUACCGGCCAUCCAGCUACCAGCCACCCCUUCAGAAUGCCAAGAACCACAACCACGCGUGCAUAGCCUGCCGGAUUAUCUACCGCUCUGAUGAGCACCACCCUCCCAUCCUGCCCCCGAAGGCCGACCUCACCAUCGGCCUGCACGGGGAGUGGGUGAGCCAGCGCUGCGAGGUGCGCCCCGAGGUCCUUUUCCUCACCCGCCACUUCAUCUUCCAUGAUAACAACAACACGUGGGAGGGACAUUACUACCACUACUCAGACCCUGUCUGCAAGCACCCCACCUUCACCAUCUACGCCCGGGGCCGCUACAGCCGUGGUGUGCUCUCCUCCAGGGUCAUGGGUGGCACAGAGUUUGUGUUCAAAGUGAACCACAUGAAAGUCACCCCCAUGGAUGCGGCCACAGCCUCGCUCCUGAACGUCUUCAGUGGAAAUGAAUGCGGGGCAGAGGGCUCCUGGCAGGUGGGAAUCCAGCAGGACGUGACGCACACCAAUGGCUGCGUGGCCCUUGGCAUCAAGCUACCUCACACAGAAUAUGAGAUCUUCAAAAUGGAGCAGGACGCGCGGGGCCGCUUCCUGCUGUUCAAUGGCCAGAGACCCAGCGAUGGCUCCAGCCCAGACAGGCCCGAGAAGAGAGCCACAUCCUACCAGAUGCCCCUGGUGCAGUGUGCCUCCUCCUCCCCCAGACUGGAAGAUCUGUUGGAAGACAGUCGAGGCCACCAGCAUGGCCAGGCAGCGGGGAGGACAGCUCGGCCCCUGCUACUUGCCGCCCUUGCCUGCCUCUUGACUCUAGCACAUUUGAACAUUCUCAGAUAGUGGUUUUAACAUAUAUAUAUAUAUAUAUAUAUAUAUUUUUUUUUUUUUUUCCAAACCAAGACUCUUUACCGUUCACAAAUUUUCUUUACACAAAGAAAGGACAUUGGUUCUUUUGAUGCACUUGAAUCCCUGAGAGCUGUCAUUCUCUUUCCCUCUCCCCCUUCCUGUCUCUGAAUCGCCAGCAGUGUGUGUGUGAAGUGUCCGCUUUGAGCCUCUUCCAGCCUGAUCCCUGGACACCGGCCUGGCCCGAGAACUUCACAGCGGAAGUAGCACUUUAAGUCUGCGGAGCGUGGUGGGAGCCCAGUGACAGCUACGUCCUCUUAUCGUGUCCUCCCGACUCGUACAAUGUUUCUGAGCUGAACCCAAAAGGCAUGUCAAGCCGGAACUUUUCCCCGCCAUGCUGAAUGGGGUUCUGCUCAUCUUUCCAGGUGCUUUCACGCUCCAAGUUUUCGACGCUGGAAUCCAGUGCAGAGUUGGUGUGGGGUUGAGAUCUAGGCCCCCUCGUCUUAAGAGAGAAGAGUCGAAGGGGUGGAUGGGUGCAUGGGAGAAGGUGCAAGGCUUAGCUAAGCCGUCGUUUACAGCCUUUAUGCAGAUCCCAACUUUCAGAAAUGUUGAGUAGAGAAUUAUCUGUAAUUAAAGUUUCAAAGUAAUUUAAGUUGUUUCACUAGUUUUCACAUGUUGAGGGAAGAGGUGUGUGGGGUAACAUGCUAGGUUUGGUGGUGACAGAAUGCCAGCUGCUGCUUUGUUCCCCAUCUCAGUAGACCAGGGAUGUUGGAAACAGAAAACCCUCCUCUUCCCAGAGAGUCAGAGCUGUGGUGCAAGGGCCGCUGCAGUGCCUUAAAUAUCACGAGCGACGGGAAAGUGCUCAUUUGUGGCAGCAUCUUCAUCUUCCACAUGAGGUGGCUCACGCUGUGGUUGUGGUGGACAGAUGGACCGCAUUCCCUGUGUCUGCCAUUUCGAAGACACACAGACAUAGUUUCAUUGCUUCAGUAGCUAGGAGGAUCCGGUGGGAGUCAUCCACGCUGGGUGCUCUGCUAGGUGCCACAUCAGUGAUCUGUGGAGCCUGUGUGUUAAGUCAUCUUGUCAUUGGAUGUGCUGGCUUGACCUGGUUUCCUUCCUGCCAUUUAUUGGGCUCCCCUUCCCCCCCCCCAUGAGGUUCAGGUCUGCCUUCUUCAGAGCCAGCUUCCUGUACAGUCAUUGGAAUGGUGGAUUUUUGCCAGCUGUCCAUCUGCUUGGAUUGAUUGGAGCCGGCACUAGCCCAGCACCCCAGGGCUACGUACGGCUCCCAGGACCCGCACAGGCAAGUGUUGCGGGGUCGAAAGCCUAGAUGUAGCUAAAAUAGACUUGCCUCGCUUGAUCCAGGAGGAGGGUCAGCCCUGUAGUUAAGAAUUACCUGUGAAACAACAGUAGCACUUGGCAUGGUAUUAAGUUAUGAUGGCAUUUGAGUGCAAGAGUGCUUUAUAUUUAGAAUGUAUUUUAAGUCAUGGUGCAUACUUGAGGGGGCCUAUUCAAAAUAAAAAUACUAACUUAAUGUCUUCCAAGUUUAAUAAACAAGCUAUAAACCAUC